AUGUCUUCAGCGACGCCAGACAAACUUCAUCUCUUCGAUCAUCCGGUGUCAUCCUACGCGCAGAAGGUUCGAAUCGCACUUCGUGAGAAGGGUCUCGAAUUCACCAAAGAGACUCCUGCAAGCUUUGGCGGCCAAGAGAAUGCAGCUUUCACAGCAGCAAAUCCACGCAAGGAAGUGCCAGCAUUAGUGGUCACUCCCAGUGACCCUAACAAGGCUCCCUUUGGCGUCUUCGAUUCGACUGUCAUUUUGAUGUAUCUAGAAGAUGCCUAUCCGGAACAAAAGUCUCUACUCCCUCGCGAUCCGCGGUUACGUGCCGAGGCCCGUAUGAUUGAGGAGGUCUGCGAUACCCAUUACGAGGCCAAUAAUUGGGCCAUCGCAGAGAUCAAGUGGUUUAGGCGGGCCGAAGGAGCAGAGGCCGAAGCGUUGCUGGAAAAAGCCGAGAAAUUGACGGCACAGUUCCAAGCAUGGCUGGCAGAGAAGCUAGGCGACAAGCCAUUCUUCGCUGGAGACGAGUUUACCUAUGCUGACAUUGCCGCCGCUGCAGUCGUCAAUCGCAGUGUCGUCAACGGCUAUGGUCCAGAAAAGGGGUCGCCACUGCAGAAAUGGCAUGAGAGGGUUUCCGCAAUCCCCAGCGUUCAGGAGACAUUCGCAGAAAUGGUCGCCGCCGCUAAAGUAUUCUCAGCAACUGCCGGAAAUCUUUUUAAGCCGCAUUCGGGGUCUCGAAGAGAAUAUCGCGAUCACCGAUUGGAAUGGAUGAUAAAGAAUGGUGGACUCAACAUCGUAGAACAGGGCCUCAAGGACGACAAUAUUCGUUUUUCAUGGCCGUAA